AUGGUGUGGGUGGGGGGAGGGUGGGGGGUUUUGUGUGGUUUGGUUGGGGUUUGGGUUUUUUUAUAUAUUAGAAUGAGAAGGAUGUUAGGAGGGAGGUGGGGGGGGAAGUUAUUGAUUGUUUUGGUGGUUUGGGGGGUUGUUGGUUUUUUAUGGUUGUUUUGUUGGUGGUUGGUAUGUAUUGGGGGAUUUGUGGGGGGUGAUGGGUGGGUAUUUUGUUGGGGGGGUUGGGAUUUUUUUUUUUGGUAUUUGAGUUUGGGUUUUGUUGUGGGAUAUGUUUUGGUGGUGGUGGUUGUGGGGUUGGUGUGUUUGGGGGGGUAG